GGCAACAAAAGGACCAAAUGACUUGAAUUCCGCGUGAGUGACAGCCAGCUGCUGAAAUGGGAGGGUGAGAGCUUUCCUCAUCCCUCCAGUCUCCCUCAGUGUGAAGAGCUCCGGAGCUUCCUGAAGCGAAACCAGCCGGCGGCGGCGGAGGAGGAGAGGAGGACGGCGGUGUAUCACAGUAGCAGACACCUCUCAUCACCACCCCCGGUGGGACUUCCACAAGGUGGAGAUAGCAGACGCUCGAAGAGGGCUAUAAAGACGCGAAAGAUUCCUCGUUGCUGUUGCGCAGCAUCCUGGCUGAUUCCCAAACUUGGACACUUGCUUUUUCGUCUCCUAUCUGGGAUUAUUCUAGCUUUCUCUGCGUGGCAAAAGGACUUUAUUUGAUUUAUUAUUUUCUUUUAGUCCAACGCUGUGUCAACUUUUCUUCCAGCGGAUGUGAAAGUAGCUCCUUUUUACGAUGUUUUCAAAUCGUCACUUGAACUAACCAGACGAUGGCGGUCAAGUAAAAUUGACCCCCGAGGCAGGAGUCAAAGUAGGGGGAAAGCCAUGCGGAGUCGUCGGUGAGCUACUGCGGGUGACCGGAGAGGAUGGCGGGAGGCAACCGGGAGCUGACGGUCACUUCCUCCCCGGCGGUGGCGGCCAACGCUGAAGGAGAAGAAAUAGAAGUGUUGGAAAGCACCGACGUCCUUCCCGUGGCUCCCGAAGACAAAUGGAAGGAGCUCUUUGACAAGUAUGACCCUGACAAUUCGGGCUUCAUCAGUACUGAGCGCUUCAGGGACCUGUUGGCAACACAUGGCUCAGAGCUCGACCCUCACAAGCUAGAAGUACUCUUGGCCCUGGCUGAUGGUAACUCUGAUGGAAAAAUCUGCUACCAAGACUUCGUCAACCUGAUGAGCAACAAGCGCUCCAAUAGCUUCCGGAGGGCAAUCCUCCAGGGGGGCAGGCACUUAAAAGGCAGCAGUCUCAGGGAUGAGGUCGGUCUCGGUCUUUCUCAGCGCUUGGUCCGACAUGUCGCAUAUGAGACAUUGCCGCGCGAAGUGGAUCGCAAGUGGUACUUUGACAGCUACAACUAUUGGCCCCCACCAUGGCUGAUCCUGACCAUAACCAUUCUUGAGGUAUUCGUUUUCUUUUAUUAUGGAUGUCUUCUGGAUCGCCUGGUGCUGCAGGUGUCCAGCCCAUCAUUCCUUAAAAGUCCUCUACCUUACCACCCCCAGCUCCGGGCCCAGGCCUGGAGGUACCUCAGCUACAUUUUCAUGCACACCGGGAUUGAACACCUGAGCCUGAACAUGGCCAUGCAGCUCCUGGUGGGAGUGCCCCUUGAGAUGGUCCACGGUGCGGCGAGGAUUGGACUGGUCUACGCGUGUGGUGUGCUGGCAGGGUCUCUGGCGGUGUCGGUCACUGACAUGACGGCUCCCGUGGUUGGCUCGUCUGGUGGGGUGUACGCCUUGGUCUCUGCGCACCUGGCCAAUGUAGUGAUGAAUUGGUCUGGCAUGAAGUGUCAAUUUAAAUUAUUCCGGAUGGCCAUGGCUCUGGUGUGCAUGAGUGUGGAAUUUGGCCGGGCAGUGUGGCUCCGCUUCUACCCGCCUGCCUUUCCUCCUUGUCCCAACCCCAGCUUUGUAGCUCACCUUGGAGGGGUGAUGGUGGGACUCACGCUGGGCGUAGUGGUCCUGCAGAACUACGAGCAGCGGCUGCAGGAGCAAUCUCUCUUUUGGAUCUUCUUCUGCGUCUACACCUUGUUUGUGCUUUGCGCUGUCUUUUGGAACAUUUUCGCCUACAGUUUGCUUGAUGUGCGGUUGCCACCACCACCGUGACAACUGGACCCCCUUCUUCCUGUCAGUCAAGUGUACGAAGCUGUGUGAUCUGUGCUAGUGGUUGAGAUGAUGUACAUCCAACAGCGAGUGUGAGAGUGCUUCGAUUCAAACAUCGCUUUUUUAAAAUUUCAUCCAUUUGCUGCAUUUUAUAAAGAAGCCUUACAAUUCUUUCCCAUCACAUCAUGUCACUAUGCCAAUAAUCAUCAUUACUUUACAGAGCACUAUAAAAAAAUGCGAAGGCUCAAUGCCAUGUCUCCACAAAUUUGUAUUUUUAUUCCGUAGUGACGUGUGAAAACAACCAUAGAGUGGAGCAAAUAAGUAUUUAGUCAACCACUAAUUGUGCAAGUUCUCUCAGUUGAAAAUAUUAGAGAGGCCUGUAAUUGUCAACAUGGGUAA